GAGUUUGCAAAGUCCUUCCCGAGUGAAGACAAAAGACUGCAGCUGAACCGAACCAGGUCAAAGAUGAGGCUGGGGUCGAGGUCAUUAAUUAAACAUCGCUUUGUGAAUUAUGAAUAUUCUUUGAGGGCGGUGGACCCGCAGCUUCUGUAUCUUUAAUAGUGAGGAGAGAGAUGGGAGAGGCUGCGCGUUCAUGGUUUCCUUUUCUCGCUCCGUGGCGGCGGGGACGCGCAGUGGAUCCCACACCGCUCACGGGAGAGCAAAAAAGCGCCUUCCGACUGCAAGAGCGAUUCAUCAGCAAAAAUAAUGUUUCCUGCACCGCCUUUUCCCGGCACUGACGAUGUCUUCAAAAGUCAUUUAAAAGGGUCCACAACAAACGAGGACAAGGCAUUUUUCGAGCAUUAAACUUGUUCCAGAGGAUUGUAAACUCCGAGAGAGAUUAAAAAAGACCAGGAAUUCAAGUCAACAUUAUACAGGUAGGACGAUUUUGCUGUUAAUGGGGUGAAUACUGCAGGUCGAAUGAUGAAAAUCAAAGAUGAGGAGCAGAAUCCAGAAUAAGACGAAGGGGAAACAUCGUCUUGUAGGUCAGUUGCAAGUGAAUCACAAGGGCGUGCAUGAAGGAGUUUCAGAGUGCUGCAUCCCUGUGUGCGCUAAUGAUGCAAAAAUUCAGUUUCUACUGUUUAGAAAGUAAAUUUCCAUACAUUAACUGCAUUAAAAUGAGAGGUUUCAGAAUAAAGACAGCCUUUGCCUUUACGCACAGUGUUGUGCAGAAGCGCACAGAGCAGCGAGGACCCACUGACCCUGAAAUUACAGCACAUUUUAACACACAGCAUGUGCACAGGCUUUUACAGUGCAUGGAUGUCCAAAAACUGCUUCAUUUUUGUGCAUGGCAUUGGUGAUUUGCAUGUGGUGGCAUAGAUCAGCUGAUAGGACAGCAGGAGCACUGAUUCAGUUUCUUUGUUUUAUGAGAUUUGGUGCAGUUUUAGUUGUGGAAAAGAGCUUUAGUUCCCCUUAAAGAGUUAAAACAUCGCAUUGAACACACAGUUACACCAAUAAGAGAUGCAUAAAUCUCCUCUAUGGACAUAAUAGAUGUUAUUUGACCAGGAGACUGAGUUGUAACCUUUGGCUGAUGUGUGCUGCUUGCUUCUUGCAGGUGCAGAAAAUGGCGGGACGCCUCCUGCAGCUCUUUGCCGUGUGGACUUGUGUGAUCACCGUCGUGCAGAGCUGCCCAGAGCUCUGCAGCUGCCAGGAUAAAUUUGCCCACCAGUUUGCGGACUGUGCUUACAAAGACCUGCUGGUGGUUCCUGUGGGUCUUCCCUCCAAUGUGACCACUGUGAGCCUUUCUGCCAAUAAGAUCAAACUGCUGAAGAGCAAAAGCUUCGUCAACAUCACGCAGGUCACUUCUCUCUGGCUGGCCCACAAUGAGAUCGUAACCAUAGAGACAGACACCUUGGCCCCUCUCAUCCAGCUCCGAAACCUGGACAUCAGCUACAACAAGAUUGUGAACUUUCCCUGGGAGGAUCUGCAGAACCUCACAGCCCUGCAGCUCCUGAAAAUGAACAACAACGAGAUGAUAAACCUUCCUAAAGACGCUUUCUCCACUCUAAAAGAUCUGAGGUCGCUGCGGAUCAACAACAACAAGUUCACCACCAUUGUAGAGGGGACCUUCAGUGCUCUCUCCUCGAUGUCCCACCUCCAGAUCUUUAACAACCCUUUCUCCUGCUCCUGCAGCCUGGAGUGGCUGAGGGACUGGAUUGCAACCACUAAGAUCUCUGUCCCUGAACCAAAUUCAAUCGUGUGUGAGACCCCUGAACUUCUAAAGGGCAUACUGGUUACAAAGAUCCCCAAACUAGUCUGCACAGCCCCCUCUGUCAAAAUAAGCUACCAGCCUGACAUUGAGACCACUGAGCUUUACGAAGGUUUCAUGGUCAUCUUAAACUGUGAGGCAACUGGGACCCCCAAACCCCAGGUCAGCUGGGAGGUCAUUGCUGGAAAUCAGAAUUACCUGUUCCCCUUACCCUCUGAUGGAGCGAUAACUGAUACACCGAUCAAUGAUAAAACAACCAAUAAGCAAUUCCUUGUCUUUCAAAACGGCUCUAUUGUCAUUCCUCGCUUGACUAAAAAGGAGGAUGGAAACUACAGCUGCUCUGCGGUGAAUGAUUUAGGUAAAGCUGAGCGCACCAUUAAGGUGUCCAUGGCAGCCAGCCAGAAACACAGCGACUCACUGCCUGGUUCUACAUCUGGAAAGGUGGAUCCUUCUGUUAAAAAGCCCUCGGACCCCAAGACCUCAAAAAACAAUGUGAUCAACAGGGAAAAGCCUGUGGAGAGGACAAAGGGCAGCCCUGACGGUUCAUCAGACAAAGACCAGGGCACAGAGCAGGAAGGUGGCGUUUCUAAGACCCCCACUUUUGCAAGUAAGUGUGGAGUGAGAGACAGCAGUGAGUACAUCUCAAACCAUGCCUUCAACCUGAGCCUGGAGGACCUCAAACAGUACACCUUUGAUUUUGGGGUUAUUGCACUAGAAGUGUCUGAAACAGAGGCCAAAGUGCAGCUGAAUCCACUACAGCUGCCCAGCAGCAAAUCUAACCUUCAUCUAAGUCAAGGUGAAAACCAGGAAACAGUGGUUGUAGAGCCUGUGGGGCUGUACCAGUCCUCAAACAGUAAAACCACCUUAGACAUGCUCUACCUCUGUGUGAAAACACGAAAUGGACACUCCAUAGUGCAGUGGUCCAACAUUGAGGAGGGGGUUAAUGCCUACAGGUUCCACGGUUUACAGCCUGGCACCAAUUACACUCUCUGUCUCACCUAUGGGGGGCAGGACUGCCAGGUCCAAGUCGUUUUCACGACCAGGAAGAAGAUCCCCUCCCUCCUCAUUAUUGUGGUCGUCAGUAUUUUCCUUCUUGGUUUGGCCACUGUUCCCUUACUGGGCGCCACCUGCUGCCACCUGCUGUACAAGUACCAAGGGAAGACCUACAAACUUAUCAUGAGGGCGCAGAACCCGGAUCAGAUGGAAAAACAAAUGGCGGGAGAUUUCGAUCGUAGGGCGUCUUUUGUCGAGUCCGAGAAAACCUUCAACCCCAGCGAGGGUGAGGGGGAAGGGGAAGCCGAGGGAGAGGGAGAGGAAGGAGACGGAGAGGAGGGAGAGGCCGAAGGCAGCGUGGUGACUGAAUCCAUCCCCGGAUCUUCGUCCAAAACCAACCCAGAGGAGUUCGAGGUGGGCUCGGAGUACAGUGACAGGUUACCUUUGGGCGCAGAGGCUGUGAACAUCUCCGAGGAGAUCAACGGAAACUACAAGCAGCCGAGCCGCUGAGAUCAACCCACAUCCGAGGGUAGAUUGUACAAUAUUUUACUUUUUACGUAGCCUACAUUCAAGCAGGUAACCCACCCACCAUUACAACACGUGAAGGCUUCAGAAAAAGAAAAGUGUCUCUUUUAAUUUUUUACCUCAGACCGUCAACCACUUGAGAUUGUAACUUGAUUCUUGUGACAUUCGUAGUCUACUGUAAGGUCAGAAAAGCAACACAAAGUUUACAGUGGGAGCAGACAUUGAAACUGUAACUCAAACCUCAAAGUGCGACCGAAGAGCAGCGACAUGUUUCCUCUCUCUGAGUGUGUGUGUGUGGGGGGACGCGGAUGGACACGAACGGGGCGCAGGAAACAGUGCGCGCGGCGUGACACGGGGCUUACUUAUAGUUUAUGAAAGGCAGAAAAAAGAGAGGAAAAAAGUACAUCCGAUAUUGAGAGCACAAAAACAGACUAGUCAAAAAUUAUCUUAAAGUGCCAAAUGUUUGAAGCCAUUCAUACAAUUUAACAUCAGGGAUUUUUUUUAGCUUUAUUCAGGGAGGUGGAGGAGUCAAACAGAAAAGGAGAUCUCACAGGGCCAACUCUCCGGCUCUAUUUGACUCGUUCAUGAACCCGCAGCCGCAGAUUUACAUAAUUUUAGAUACAAUAAUUGGACCAAAUUCGCUUUUUUGGCGUUGGUAUUACUGCGCCUCGCCUGUCCGCUGUCCUGUGCGUCCAAGAGGGAAAAUAACCACUUACAGCUGAGUUAUUAUGCGCACCACACAAUGUGGUUUGACGAAAUAUUAAGGCUUUAAAAAUGUGCGACGUUAUAUCCUCUUUAUCAACGGGUGCUUGCUCUAUACUGCUGUCGCUUUUUACAAUGAACGUAUCCAUGGCAUGUCACACGUAUUUCCUUGUGUGGUUUUUUCUUAGUGUAUAGUCUAGAGGACUGUAGAUGUUGCUGUCAACAUGUGAUGUAAAGCCAUGUGAUUUAAAAAAAUUGUUCUUUUUUAAACGAGUUUCUACGAAGCCGAAAAGAAAAGGGCGCGUCCGAGUGUCUGGCUUCACUGUCUUGUAAUCUGAUGCAUAUAGUGAGUUUUUUCUGUGAAAUGUUGUACAACGGAACAUUAAAGACCCGUGACUUUUCAGGAUUUUUGAUAUUAUUUUAUGUAAGUGGAAUCAAUAAAAACAUGUAAGUAUAAAUGCGGGUU